AUGGCUGUUCCGAAUGAGUUAAGUUUGGAAUCCGUCCGUGAUUUCAUGAUUAUGAACGAUGGUAGAGUUACUAAUCAUGACCUAGUGACUCACUUUAAAUAUUUUCUGACAAAUCCACAAAAUAGAGCUGAAGCAAGACAUCAGUUUAAAGAAAUUGUUAAUACUGUGGCUACCGUUAUUUGUGGAGAAGAUGGAGAAAAGUAUUUAAUGCUUAAACGUCGCUUUCGAGUAGCUGGUUGUAUUGGUUUAUCAUUAGAACCCUCCAUGAGCACAGCCUCUUCUCUAAAUUCUCUAACCUCUUAUCCUGGUUUAUCUUCUGUACAUCAUUCAUUAUCUCAAGAUUCUCUUAUUGACCCUCCAAGAUUCCAACAAAGAUCACCAAUGGUAUCGCCAUCAGCUAGACAACCCCCUCCUUAUCGUCCACCACCUUCUCCUAUUGCAUCGCCUAAAGAAUGCUCACCAACUAAAGAAGCUGCACCGCCUGUUCCUCCUAGGCGUAGAAGUUCUGAAAAAAUUAAAUUGAUUGAAUUAAGUGACAAUGUUAUAGUAAAUUCUAAGGAUAAUUAUAAAGAAAAUGAUCAACCACAACAGCCUCAGAUAAGUGUAAAAGACAGAACUCAAAAAUUUAACCGGAUAGCAUCUGAAAAUGCCUUACACUUAGCUAGUCAACUACCAUCGCCAAAUAAGAAGAAAAUAGAUAAGAACGAUAAAGACGACGAAGACACUAUUUCUAUGACAUCGUUAGAUCCCAAGACUAAAGAAUGGGUCGUAAAAUCAGCAAAAUGUGACUAUCAAGCUUUGGCAAAACUGGCAUCUGAAAAUCCUCGAAUUGCAAAGUUCAAGGUAAGUUAUUCUUUUUAUUAUUAUGAGUUAUGA